CAGAGCUCAAACUAGUUUCAGUUCUACAGAAUUGAAACUCAGACAGUCGUUGACAGUGAGAGGUGACAUGGCGCAGAAAGGAGUUCAGCUGGACCAGGAAUCCAUCUCUUGUUCAAUCUGUCUGGAUCUACUGAAGGAUCCGGUGACUAUUCCCUGUGGACACAGCUACUGCAUCAACUGUAUUAAAAGCUUCUGGAAAGAAGAGGAUCAGAAGAAAAUCCACAGCUGUCCUCAGUGUAGGAAGACCUUCGAACAGAGACCUGUCCUGGUGAAAAACACCAUGUUAGCAGAUUUAGUGGAGAAGCUGAAGAAGACUGGACUCCAAGCUGCUCCUGCUGAUCACUGCUAUGCUGGACCUGAAGAUGUGGCCUGUGAUGUCUGCACUGGGAGAAAACUGAAAGCCUUCAAGUCUUGUCUGGUUUGUCUGGCCUCUUACUGUGAGAAACACCUGCAGCCUCAUUUUGAUUCACCUACAUUUAAAAAACACAAGCUGAUGGAGCCCUCCAAGAAGCUCCAGGAGAACAUCUGCUCUUGUCAUGAUGAGGUGAUGAAGAUGUUCUGCCGCACUGAUCAGCAGUGCAUCUGUUAUCUCUGCUCUGUGGAUGAACAUAAAGGCCACGACACAGUCUCAGCUGCAGCAGAAAGGACUGAGAGGCAGAGAGAGCUCCAGCUGAGGCGACAACAAAUCCAGCAGAGAAUCCAGGACAGAGACAAAGAUGUGAAGGUGCUUCAACAGGAGGUGGAGGCUAUCAAUGGCUCUGCUGAUAAAGCAGUGGAGGACAGUGAGAAGAUCUUCACUGAGCUGAUCCGUCUCAUGGAGAAAAGAAGCUCUGAUGUGAAGCAGCAGAUCAGAUCCCAGCAGAAAACUGAAGUGAGUCGAGUCAAAGAGCUUCAGGAGAAGCUGGAGCAGGAGAUCACUGAGCUGAAGAGGAAAGACGCUGAGCUGAAGCAGCUCUCACACACAGAGGAUCACAACCAGUUUCUACACAACUACCCCUCACUGUCACGACUCAGUGAAUCUACAGACUCAUCCAGCAUCAAUAUCCGUCCUCUGAGCUACUUUGAGGACGUGACAGCAGCUGUGUCACAGCUCAGAGAUAAACUACAGGACAUUCUGAGAGACACAUGGACAAACAUCUCACUGACAGUGACUGAAGUGGAUGUUUUACUGUCACAACCAGAGCCCAGGACCAGAGCUGGAUUCUUAAAAUAUUCACAGGAAAUCACACUGGAUCCAAACACAGCACACACAAAUCUGUUAUUAUCUGAGGGAAACAGAAAAGCAACAUUAAUGAGACAAUGUCAGUCUUAUUCUAGUCAUGCAGAUAGAUUCACUACAUGGCAUCAGGUCCUGAAUAGAGAGAGUCUGACUGGACGUUGUUACUGGGAGGUGGAGUGGAGAGGAGGAGUUUUAGUAGCAGUUGCAUACAAGAAUAUCAGCAGAGCAGGGAGAUUGGAUGAAUGUUUAUUUGGACACAAUGACAAAUCUUGGGCAUUAAAUUGCAACCAAAAUGGUUACACAUUCUUCUACAACAAAAACAAAAUCAACACUCCAGUCUCAGGUCCUCGGUCCUUCAGAGUAGGAGUGUACCUGGAUCACAGAGCAGGUGUUCUGUCCUUCUACAGCGUCUCUGAAACCAUGACUCUCCUCCACAGAGUCCAGACCACAUUCACUCAGCCUCUCUAUGCUGGAGUUUGGGUUUCCUCUUAUGGAGACACAGCUGAGUUGUGUAAACUCAAAUAGACAAAGGUCAUUUAAGUUGCAUUCGGUUUAAAAAGUGAACUUUUGUUCAUCAGUUUAUUUUGUCUCCAUCAUUGUUGCUAAAAGCUCAUAGCUCUUGUGUCUGCACUGCAAUCUAUAAUUACAUGUUUAUAUUUAUGUGUUUGUCAGAUCAAAUGUUGUUGUUGUUCAAAUCAACUUACAGAUAAGGUCUAUGAGGUUUUAUAAAACUGUAAUUAUCAUGAUAAUAAUCAAUGAGGAGAUGAUUCAUUAUUUUAUUUUCCAUAUCUGAGAUUCAGGUGAAACAAACUGAUUGUGUGGAUGAAGUGAAUCUGUUCAUGAAAUCACUGAACAAGAGUCAUUUAACAGACUUUACUGAUUCAGUGUGUGAACAAACUGAAGCUUCACAUCAUGAAUAAAACAGUUUUUCCUAAAGAAU